AUGCUCGCCCUUCAACAACCUCCCAGGAUGGGUUCGAAGCAGCCUGAGGACCCUUUCCUCCCCUUCGGCUGUACGUCUCCCGCCCUCUUCCGGCCACCUCGCCCGGCGCCCUCGCCCGACGCCGGAUUCCUCGAGCCUGGCUGUGCUGACUCUACGACUGCAGAUGCCGUUGACGAGACCCAACAAUCCCUCUUCAAUGCCCCAGACCCGGCUCCGGGCGCCCCGCUGCUCUCGGAAGACGACAGCAAGUUCCUCAGCUCCUUCUUCGAGGACAUGACGGCGAAUCACUACAACAUGCCCUCGUUCGGAGAGGGCUUGCAUUUCAGCGAUGCCUGGCUCGACCUGCCGCCUCAGUUCAUGGGCAGCGCAACCUUCUUCGGCACCCCAACCGGACUUCCCGACUUCGAGCCCGAUCCGGCUCAUGCACCCUCCGCCAAUGCCGACCGGCCGGACUUGCCGGGCAUCCUACCCGGCUCGCAUCUCAUGCCACCGCCGCCGCCGCCGCCUCCGCAGUCUCAACCCUUCCCGCAGCAACACUCCGACGACGUCCUCAACGCCGCCGCCACGCUGCUCCAAAACGGCGCCCACUCCCGUGGCGGCAUCCCCAUAGGCGGCGCCGUUGAUUCUUCUCAGCCGCGACGCGUCGGGUACCCCGUCGGACACCUUCGACACCAGCCGCUGGAGGAGUUCAAGGAGGAGAACCGAAGGAGUAGCCUCGCGCCCGAGCUCGACAGCACGCUCACCCACUGGAUGUGGGGACCCCAGGGUCGGCCGCUGCAGAGGAAGUCGGUGCUGCCCGACAUCCAAUGGGGGUCUGACGCCAGCUUUGGCCCGUCGCAAGGGUACGUGCCCGAGGCGAACAAGGAGACGGCCGAGGCAGGGCUCCAGCGUCACAUGAAGUGUCUCGAUUGCCUGGAGCCGACCAAGGGCGUGGUCGACAGUCGGCCGAGCAGUCCAACCAACGGUCACAGCGAUAACGGGGAUGGCUGCCUCCAGGCGGCGCAAGAGGACGAUCCCAGUGCUCCGCCGCGAAAGAGGAGGAAGAGCCGAAACGUCAAGGAGCAGGACGACGACGACGACGACGACGACGCCUCGUCAAAAUCAGGGCGCAAGCGAAAGCCCGUGGCUGAUCGCAACGGAACCUCGCCGCCAUCGGACGCGACAAGCGGCGGUCGACGGCGCAAGUCGACGGCCGGUGGACCCAAGCCCCCCCGCGAGAACCUCUCGGAGGAGCAGAAGCGGGAGAACCAUAUUCGAAGCGAGCAAAAACGACGCACCCUGAUUAAGGAGGGCUUCGAUGACCUCGGCGAGCUCGUUCCCGGGCUCAACGGUGGCGGAUUCAGCAAGAGCACCACCUUGACCAUGGCUGCUGAGUGGUUGGAGGAGAUCAUUCGAGGAAACAAAAUAUUGGCCGCCCAAGUCGCCGCGCUCACGGGGAACUGA